CAUGCUCAUGUUUAUAGAUAAAGAAGGACGUCGCUCGAUUUGUUACGUGCGCUCUUUUGGGGGUAACUUGUCAAGGCACGGAAUCAGAGGGGUCCUACAUUAGACAAAUGAAUUGAACUGGAGAAUAGACACAAACCGAAAAGAAACCCGAUUUGAUAGGGGACAGAGGAGAAAGGGGGGAUUCAGCUAGCAACGAACUUUAAGACGAAGGAGGAUCAUAGAUAAAUAGACGGAGUUGAUUUUUUCCCCCGUCAUCUCUAACUCGUCCAAAGAGCUAUAGGUUCUUCCUGCUCCCUCUCACCACCUUUUCAGUGUCCAUCCUCGGUGCGCAACGGGUUGCUCCAAUCCCACACUGUCUCAAUGAAGGAGGCCGAUGCAAUCAAGCUCUUCAUCGGGCAGAUACCCCGAAAUCUUGAGGAGAAGGACUUGAAACCCAUAUUUGAACAGUUCGGGAAGAUCUAUGAGUUGACGGUGAUAAAGGACAAAUACACGGGGAUGCACAAAGGCUGUGCCUUCCUGACAUACUGCGAACGAGAGUCUGCACUCAAAGCCCAGAAUGCACUGCACGAGCAGAAGACGCUACCAGGGAUGAACCGGCCCAUUCAAGUGAAGCCAGCAGACAGCGAGGGCAGAGGGGAAGACAGGAAGCUGUUUGUUGGCAUGCUGGGGAAGCAGCAGUCGGAUGCCGACGUGAGGAAGAUGUUUGAGGAGCUUGGGAGCAUUGAAGAGUGCACAGUGCUCCGCGGGCCUGACGGCACUAGCAAAGGCUGUGCCUUUGUGAAGUACCAGAACAACGUAGAGGCUGCGGCAGCCAUCAGCACUCUGCAUGGGAGCCGCACUCUACCGGGUGCCUCCUCCAGCCUGGUGGUGAAGUUCGCCGACUCUGAGAAAGAGCGAGGGAUAAGGCGCAUGCAGCAGGUGGCGUCCCAGAUGGGGGUCAUCAGUCCCAUGACCUUACACCUCGGGGCUUACAAUGCCUACACACAGCUGGUGCAGCAGCAGGCUCUGGUGGCCCAGUCGGCGUAUUUGUCUCCUGUAUCCACCAUCACCAUGCAGCAGUUGGCUGCCCUAAACCCCAGCAACCUCAUGGCCACGCCCAUCGCAUCACUCACUACCUCAGGGACCAGCACUCCGCCCACCAUGGCAGCCACACCAGUGCCUGCUCUGCCUCCACCACUCAGCUACCCUCCAGUGCCAGCUCCACCCAAUGGACAGUCAGUAUCUGAAACCCUGUACACCAAUGGAGUUCAUUCUUACCAAGCUCAGAGUUCAGUUUUGGAUCCUAUUCAGCAAGCGUACGCAGGGAUGCAGCACUACACAGGUGGGACAGUAGUGAGUCCGCUUGAGUCCUUGAAAUUUCCCAGAGGAAAUUUUAGGUUUGAAAUGCCCUCUCAACAGUCCUUAAUGUUUACUUAUGCGAACACACCCACAGCAACAUACCCUGCUGCCUAUGGAAUGGUAGGGCAGCCAUUCCCACACCAACACACAAUGCUUGCACAGCAACAUCAGCAGCCUCAGCAACUGCAGCAACGAGAAGGGCCUGAGGGGUGUAACAUCUUCAUCUAUCACCUGCCUCAGGAGUUCACUGACUCAGAGAUGCUGCAAAUGUUCAUCCCCUUCGGCAAUGUCAUCUCAGCAAAGGUCUUUGUUGACCGUGCCACCAAUCAGAGCAAGUGCUUUGGUUUUGUGAGUUUUGACAACCCGUCCAGUGCUCAGACAGCAAUUCAGGCCAUGAAUGGUUUCCAGAUUGGCAUGAAGAGACUCAAGGUGCAGCUUAAGAGGCCCAAGGAUGCCAACCGACCCUACUAAAUGAGUCAAGACUGUCCUGUCCAUACAUAUAUCGUGGAGACUACGUGGCUAUGGUUGCCUAGCAACCGCUAAAAACCCCUUCCUCUCACAGCGUUGGAAGAUAUGAGUUCUAUGAAGAAACUACUUCCAGCAUUUUGGUUUUGCCCAAACCGUAUAGCAAAGGAGCAACAACACUUCUCGAAAAAAUAAAAUCAAAUAUAUGUAUCUAAAAAUCAGCAACAACAGAAUAAAACAUAUGUGGUGGUUGGUUCGGAGUACACAUACCAUUCCACAGCUGGAUUCAGUCAUUAUGUACAGUACCAGUCAAAUGUUUGGACACACCUACUCAUUCACGUUUUUUCUUUAUUCUUGCUAUUUUCUACAUUAUUCUACAAUGUUGAAGUCA